AUGGACCCUCAGGCUUUCGUGAGAGUAUCAGUAGGAUCACUGUGUUUGAGAGUUCCUAGCGAGUCAGGGAUCCAGGCGCCCUCCCCCCCUUGUGUGUGUGAGAUUCGUCUUCCGGGUUUUCCUGUCCAGACAGCACCCGUUCCCUUUGAAGAUAAUAACAAGAUAGCCACCAGGUUUUAUCUGGUGAGGUCUGAUGUGGAAGCGUUAUUGGCACCCGGAGGAGGGUGUUUUUAUGCACCUAAUCAUGCUUGUUUGGAGAUAGUUGUGUUUAGUACAGGAGGGUGGUUUGGUUUUAAGAGGAAGCAGCAUAUCGGUACGUUUAAGCUUGGAGUUGGUCGGGAAUGGGGUCGAGGAAAGCAAGUUGUACUGGUUAAUGGGUGGAUAGGGAUUGGCAAGAACAAUGGAGGAGCCGGAGCUGGAGCUGGAGCAGAGCUUCACCUGAGAGUGAAGCUCGAGCCUGACCCGAGAUAUGUGUUCCAGUUUGAGGAUAAGGUUAAAUUAAGUCCCCAAAUAGUUCAGAUUCAGGGCAGCAUCAAGCAGCCUAUCUUCAGUUGCGAGUUUACUCGAGGACGGAGUGAUGUAGAAACCGAAAGAAGAGAGAGGAAAGGAUGGAAAGUGACGAUACAUGACCUUUCUGGCUCGGCUGUAGCUGCAGCCAUGAUAAGUACCCCAUUUGUGCCUUCAGCGGGUUGUGAUCGGGUGGGCAGAUCCAACCCGGGAACAUGGUUGAUUGUAUCCCCAGACCGUUGCAGGCGUCAGAGCUGGCAGCCAUGGGGAAAACUCGAAGCCUGGCGUGAACGAGGAGGCUCUAUUUGCUUUCGCUUCCACCUCCUCGUACGUGAGUCUCGGGAGGCUGAUCUUCUCGUGUCUGAGAUACUAAUCAAUGCCGAUAGGGGUGGGGCGUUCUACAUAGACAUCGACAAAGCAGCAGCCCCGGUUUCUGCUUCUGGUUCGGGUGGAUUUGUGAUGAGCUGUAGAGUGCAAGGGGAAGGGGGGAGGUUCAGGACGCCCCCCGCCUUUGUGCAAGUUGCCAAGCGUUUUGUGACCUGCAUCGAGGACGCUGCCAUUUUUAUGGCGCUUUCUGCUGCUGUUGAUCUCAGUAUUGAGGCUUGCAAGCCUUUCCCCAGACACAGGAGAUGUUCCUGCUGAAUUUACAUAUAAAGAAAUAGAC